AUGUUCACGCUCAGCACGUCCCCGCACCCGCAACGCGCGGCGCUGCUCAACGGCCCGACCGUCGACGUCGUCGUGCCCUUCGCCAGCUGCGCCGACCUCACGCACACGGUGCCGGCGGUGCCGCGGCAGCUGCUGUUUGCGUGCGCGCGGGAGGCGGCGCUGCAGCUGCGGGCGAGCGCCGACGUCGUGCCGCUGGGGCUGGGGAUCGAGGUCGGCUUUGGUGUCGGGAUGAUGGGGCUGGGGAUCGAGGGGUUUUGCGCGUCGCCGACGGGGAGCGGGAGCGGGGGUGUUGGGUCGCCGACGGUUGAGAGCGCGGCGGGAGCGGGAUGGGGAGCGCUAGGGGCGGCGGGGGCGCGCGGGAGCGUCGGGAGCGUGCGGAGCGUUGGCAGCGGUGGGAGCGGCAGCGGGAUGAAGAGCGCCGCGGGCGCGGCGGGGAGACGGUCCGUGGUGCUGUCGUCCGAGGCGAGCGUGUCGCCCGCGGCCGUCGAGUUCCUGCUGGCGUACCUGCGCCGCGCGUGCAAGGAGGAGGUGGUGCCGGCGCUGUUUCCCGGGGCGGCGAGCUGGCGGCUGGGGGUGCAGGUGCUGGGGGCGGCGCGGGGGCUGGGGGUGCGGGAGGUGGAGGGGGGGUGCGUGCGGUUUCUGCGGGGGUGGAUUGGCGGUGCGGGCGAAGCAUCAGAACGAGGCGAACGAGGCGAAGCGGGGGAACAGGGAGGCGCGCUGCCGCUGAGUGUCGACGAUGUCAAGGUGUUGGUUAUGACGGUCGGCGAGCGCGAUCCGCUGGUCAAGGAGGUGGUGGAGCGAGUGAGGGCUGAGGAGGCGGAGAGGGGCGAGGGCGACCUCGGCGCGUAUUUGAGGGAGAAUUGGCGGGGGGUGUGGGAGAGGGCGGGGAGGGGGAAGCAGCUGGAUAAGAAGAGGGGCGUGGCGAUGGGGCGGAAGAUGAUGUUUCGCCGGAGUAGGCCGCUUAGUAUGCCGGUUAGUAUUAAGGAGGCUGUGGUGGAGGAGGACGAGGGCGACGAGGCCGAGCGCAGGGAGUAG